UUUACUUUUGUUUCAAGAUAUCACAGACUAGGUCGGUUUUCUUUUUACCAAGAACCAGAAAUUGGGUUCGUUGCAGUUAUAUUAUGCUUUUCUUUUGAUACGGUUGUGACUAGAAUUUGUUUGGGUAUUUUUAUUUUAUUUAUUUAUUUAUUUUUAAAUACAUUUUCAGUAUGCGUCCAGGAACUGGUGAUGAAGGAAGCCUGUGCAGAUAUGAAGGCAUCGUUAGAGUCUAGUGCAAAAUAAUCGACUCGGUUCUUAUAAAGUGGUCGGUCCGAGAUUAUCUGAGGUUUAUUAUAGAAGAUGCCAGGGGUCCAGCACUGAGAGACCCAGAUCCGGUUUCGUCUCUCUCUCUCUCUCUCUUGCUCGCUUUCUCUCAGCCAUUUUCGUCAUGGAUUGAAUUUUCCGACUGGGAAAAGACGUGGAAUAACAUGCCGAUGUUGAUAUUUCUCAGAGGUGUUAAAUAAUUGUACCGGAGCGCACCGGCGGAUCAUCAUGGCUCUGGGGGCAGAUCAGAGGGUAAGGUUGCCUUGGGCUAGAAAAUGAGCUAUAGAAUAACAAGCUGUGGGAUUCAGGUUAGCGAUCCAUCCUACAGCGCAGUUUGGAGGUAAUUGGGAUUUAAUUGACAGUCUUUGAAGACAAGCCUGAACCUAUGGCACAGCAGCAGUACAAUACAGGCCCCUUUUUAUGAAUCGACCAUGGACUGUGUGCUUUGGCAGCUGCUGGUCCUGGUUAUGACUGUGGUGGUUGUUCAUGCGUGUCCCAAAUACUGUGUGUGCCAGAACUUGUCUGAGUCUCUUGGGACACUGUGUCCUGCUAAAGGCCUUUUGUUCGUACCCACUGACAUCAAUCGGCACACUGUAGAGCUACGUCUAGGUGGAAACUUCAUCUUACGCAUUACACAGCAGGACUUUGCCAAUAUGAGUGAAUUAGUAGAUCUGACACUGUCACGCAACAGCAUCAGUUCCAUCCAACCAUUCUCCUUUGCUGACCUUGAGACACUGCGCUCGCUGCACAUGGACAACAACCGGCUGGCUGAAUUGGGACAAGAUGAUCUACGGGGACUUGUAAAUCUUCAAUACCUAAUUCUAAACAAUAACCAGCUACGCCACAUCAAUGAAUAUGCCUUCCAGGACUUGGUGCCAGCAAUUGAGGAUCUUGAUUUGUCAUACAACAACCUGCAGAUGUUGCCCUGGGAUUCAGUGCGUCAGAUGGUCAACCUGCACCAGCUCACUCUGGACCACAACUUGCUGGAGUACAUUCCCGAAGGUACCUUUACUGACCUAGAAAAGCUUGCACGUCUGGACUUGACAUCCAACCGCCUCCGGAAGCUUCCUCCAGACCCAAUUUUUGCCCGGGCACAAGAUUCAUUGCAGGAAUUGGUGCAAGUCUCUACACCAUUUGCACCACAGCUUUCACUGAGCGUUGGUGGCAAUCCACUGCACUGCAACUGCGAGCUGCUCUGGUUUAGAAGGCUGGACCGUGAAAAUGACUUGGAAACUUGUGCUUCCCCUUCAAAUUUGAAGGGCCGUUACUUCUGGACUGUAAGGGAGGAUGAGUUUAUAUGUGAGCAGCCCCUUAUCACCCAACACACACACAGGAUGCUGGUUCUAGAGGGUCAAACAGCCAGCUUGCGAUGUGAGGCCACUGGAGAUCCAACUCCCACAAUUCAUUGGGUGGCCCCAGAUGACCAUCUGCUUGGCAAUUCCUCUCGAUUUGUGGUGUAUGGCAAUGGCACCCUUGUUAUUACCAUUACUACAUCAAAAGACUUUGGCACAUUCACUUGUAUUGCUGCCAAUGUUGCUGGUGAAUCCACUGCUUCAGUAGAACUGUCAAUUGUUCAGCUGCCCCACAUUAACAACGGAACAGGACAACCUAAAUCACGCCUCUCUGAUAUCACGGGAACCUCAAAAGCAACACCUAAGGGCCAACCAGAAAAGGAAAAGCCAGUUUGGGUUUCUGAGGUGACCGCAGACUCUGCCCUCAUCAGAUGGUCCAUCAGCAAGGCAGCUCCAAAAGUGAAAAUGUACCAGCUGCAGUACAACUGCUCUGAUGAUGAAGUGCUCAUUUACAGGAUGAUCCCUGCUUCCAGUAAGGCAUUCCUAGUGAACAACUUGGUCUCUGGAACCCGCUACGAUUUGUGCAUCUUGGCAGCCUGGGAUGACUCAGCUACUACACUCACAGCCACUAGCAUUGUGGGUUGUGUUGAGUUCUUCACCAGAGAUGAGUAUCCACAGUGUCAUUCUCUGCAUGGGCAGCUGUUGGGUGGCACCAUGAUCCUGGUGGUGGGAGGUGUGAUUGUGGCUACUUUACUUGUGUUCAUCGUCAUCCUAAUGGUGCGCUACAAGGCUGGGGAAGGUGGGUCAAUGACUGCUGAUGGGACUGAGCUUCCUGUUAGCAAGUUAAGUGACAUUGGUGAUACCUAUUCGCAGCCCAAUGAUGGGUGUCUGGGGCAGAAUGGAGUCUUUUUGCCUCCUUCAAUUUCCAAAGCUAAACUCAAAGCCAAACCCAAGGUAAGUCUACGAGAUGAGGUGGUGGAGUUUAAAUGUGGCUCUCUUCAGAGUAGUAUGAGUUCCCUUUCAUCAUCUUCAUCCUCCUCAUCUGCUGGUUCUGAGAAUGCUUUGCACUCCUGUAGCCCCAACAGUGCUUUGGCCAACAUCUUGAGGUCAGCGUCACUCAAACCGCGAGGAAAUCUGGACCAUCUGUUGGGGGCCAUUAACUCUCUGGAGCUUAAGGGCCAGGCACCAUCAGGAAACGCCAAAUCUGGUCGUGCUAUGGCAUCAGCAGACCCCCCUACUGAUAAGGAGCCUUUGCUGGGCAGGACAUUAGACUCCAAGUUCAGGCGGAGUCACUCAUUUGAUGCUGGUGAGUUUGCAACAUCGAUCAGUGGUGUCUGGACCAAACGUAGCCUCUCCAUCAAUGGUAUGUUGCUGAAGGAUGACAUGGCUAGCAGCAGGGGCACUCUGGAGAGCUCGGAGUGGGUGAUGGAGAGCACUGUGUAGAUUGUAUACAGCACAUUCAAGCUGACACCCUGCCCUUGUGUCAAAGUAAAAUCAAGGGAAUAAAGCCUCUGUUUUCCCCUGCAUGGAAUUACAUAUCUGUUCAUCCAAUAUUAAAACAUAUAUCCACUAUACAACUUGCUGUACUGGACAGGCAGUUAUAAGCUUUAUGUUUUGGUGAAUAAGUGCAUUUGUUUGUGUGUGUGUGUGUGUGUGUGUGUGUGUGUGUGUGUGUGUGUGUGUGUGUGUGUGUGUGUGUGUGUUAGAGAGAGAGAGAGAGAGAUCAUGGAGUAUGUGUUGAGCAGUUACUCUGCUGAGAAAGUUUAGGUCAUAUACCCUUGGGAUUCUGCCAUUUAUCAGGGUCAUUAUAGUGUGGACAGAUACAUGACUGUUAAAUCACAGUGAAUAAAAAACUGCCUACACUUUCUCUAAUGAAUAGUACUGCAACUUCAGUCUGUACAGAAAUAUAUCUGUGUUACAAAUAAUAUUUAUAAGUUGAAUGAAGUUAAAGUUUUAUAUUUUUAUCUCAAUGGUGUCAUAUCACUCUUUCUCAAAAGGAAGAGUUUAAAAAAAGGUCACAGAACUUUCAUACCAUUUUUUUGUAUCACUUCCUUUUCUCUUCUUUUUAUCCAACGCAUGUCCUAAACCAAUCAUGUGCAAAGAGCAGAAUUUGAAAGUUUCUGUUGAAACAUUUAUAAAUAUUUAAUUCAAAGUGCUGAUUAAGUGUAAAGUCUAAAGUCCCAAAACAUUUUCUGUCACAUAGCAAGUAUAAUGUUUCUCUGUUCCCCUAGGAGCUAGAAAAUACCUGAUAUUUUCUUAUUGCCAUAAGAAAUAAUGCCUAUGUACAUUAAGAGUAUUAAGUUCCUCUAAGGAAGUCACAUCAAGAAACACAUAGCAAGCCCUGGCACAGUGCAUAAAUUUUUUGUGAUGUCCUGUCAAAUACAAUUUUCUCUUAAACAGUAUAUAAACAAAGCUACACAUAUCUAUCCGAGAAGUCUACAUAUGUCUAACAAAUCUUUAAUCGAGAAAACUACAACAAUCUUGCUUUUGAAUUAUUUGGUAUAUGUAAUAUUAAAUGUUUUAGAGUUACCUUCACAAGCCAGUGAGAUAUAACUCCAAGGCAAAUCAUCUCAAUCUAAUCAUGUGUCAGAUAGAUGUGUGAAAAUGUCACAGUCCAAAAUUAGCUGGAAGUGGCAGACACUGGAUUGGAGUAAAGCAAGAACAAACUGUGUAAUGCUUCCAAGAAAUUAGCAUGCCAUGCCAAACUUAUUAUGCUGUUAUUGACAUGGUUCUUAGUCCCAGGAGUGAGGACUGUAUGCACUGCAUAUUUUGCUGUAUUUUCCUGUCGUAACAUGUUAUUCCUAUUACAAAUGACUUAAACAUAAUGUUUUUCUUACCAGAGUGUGAACACAAUGCUCUCCCUGCCGUAAAUCUUCUCAUGUUUGUUGACCGAUGUUAGAUUUUUUUAGGUUUGAGGAUAAGACAACUUCAAUUACAAAUGGAUGUUAAAGAUGCCAAUGUAGUUUGUCUUCAUUUUGCAUAUGUGGACUUUCGGGGCUAUUUUGCAAACCUUUCCAUGUGCUCGUUUACAUCACGAACAAACCUUAUUAUCCAUAAACAACAUCGGAAAUAAUUAAUCUAGUAUUAUACACUGCUGGAAAAAACUAAGGGAAAUAUUAAUUAUCAAAGUAUAACACCAAGUCAAUCAGGGUAAAUCUGUAUAUAUCUUCAAUCUGUCCAGAAGCAUAACAGUGAUUGGGAAUCAGGUUUACCUGCUUUGCUGCAAAUAAACGUGACAACAUGUGUGCUGAAGAGGCAACAGAAUGACCUGAAAAUGGGAAUGGUUUUGCAGACGGUGGCCACAGACGAUUGCUUGCUAGUCAUCCUCAUUAUAUCUUGGGUGUUGUUUGUGCAGUCACAAGGAGGUUUGGUGUGUUGCCCAGCACAAUUUCAAGAGAAUGGUGGAGAUACUGGGAGAUUGUUACAUGAGGAAAGCUAGACAGGGUCAUAGAAGGGCAACAUCCCAGCAGCAGGACCAGCAAAGAGGAACAGGAGGAGCACUGCCAGAGCGCUACACAAUGACCUCUAGCAGGCUAUUGGGGUGCCUAUUUCUGAUCAAACUGUCAGACUCAAUGAGGGUGACAUAAGGGGCCAACAUCCUCUAGUGGGACCUGUUCUCACAGGCCAGCACCAUGCAGCUUGAUUGGCAUUUGCCAGAGAAGCCCAGAAUUGAUACAGUAGGUCUGACAAUGGCACCCUGUUCUCUUCACGGAUGAGAGCAGGUUCACAGAUGUGUCUGGAGAUACUGUAGGGGAAAGAUAUACUUCCAUCAUUCAGCCUGACUAGUUUGUCAGUGGGUCAGUGAUGGUCUGGAGAAUAAUAUCCUUGGAGGGUUGCUCAUGUGCUAGCCAAUGGAAAUCUACUACUGUUUAGUAACAGCAUGAAAUCCUCAGAGCCAUUAUCAAAACUUAUGCUAAUGUAAUAGGCCCUGGGUUCCUCCUGGUACAUGACAAUGCCUGGCCUCAUGUGGCCUAAGUGUGUAGGCACUCAGUCCUUAGACCCAAAUCCAAUUGAGAACCUCUGAUACAUUAUGCACUGGAGCAUCUAAAACCACCAGGUAGCACCACAUACAUUCCAGGAGCUCACUGAUGGUCAGGGCUGGGUGAAGAUCCUCAGGAAGUCAACUGCAAUCUGUGCUGUGAUGAAAUUCAUGCAAGGUGGAUCAACCUAUAUUUUACAAACCAUACCACGUGAUCCAUACCAAUUUAUUCAAAAUUAGUUAAAUGUAACAAAAAAGAAAUGUAAUGAGAAUGUAAAAAAAAAUUGUUGCAUACAAGAAUGGGAGUAAG